AGCCUCAUUGCCUCGCCACCUUGCCUCGUAGUGGGUCAAGGGAGCGAGGUAGGGGGUCAGUUAUGGGAGAAAUCAGAAAAGAGAGAAAAAUGAGAUGACGAGAGAGAUCCCAAAUGACAUUUUGACCCUAAUUGAACAAAAUCGCACACUUAUAAAUAACUAAAUCCAACCCUCACAAGCAACCACGUAAAAAUUUUCCCUUCUAUUUUCUCCCGAACCAAACAUCCUCUCCCCAUUUCUUUUCCCAGAGACCCAGACGGCGGAAACCUCUGGAUAUGGCGAAUCCCUCUCAAACUUCCGUUAGGUUACUACACUUUGCCGUGUGCUUCGUCGUCAUUUGCCAGGCUAUGGCGCUUUACUCCAUCGGCGUUAACUACGGUACCGUCGCCGACAACCUGCCGCCACCAGCCCAAGUCGCCGCCUUCAUCAAAGACCAAACCUCCGUCGACAGAGUCAAGAUCUUCGACACGAGCCCCGACAUUCUCCGCGCAUUCGCUAACUCCGGCAUAGCGAUCACCAUAACCGCCGGCAACGGCGACAUCCCAGCCCUCGCCAAGCUCCCCGCCGCCCAGUCCUGGGUUGCCAACAACGUCCUCCCCUUCUAUCCACAAACCAAAAUCCACCGCAUCGCCGUCGGCAACGAAGUCAUCGCCACCUCCGACAAAACCCUCAUCGCCCACCUCCUCCCUGCCAUGAGAGCCCUUUACUCCGCCCUGAAUCUAUCUGGGAUUACAGACAUUCAGGUAUCGACGCCUCACUCUCUGGGCAUUCUAUCAAUAUCGGACCCACCCAGCUCGGGUCGGUUCCGCCGCGGGUAUGAUCGGGCCAUAUUCGCCCCGAUUCUAGAAUUCCAUCUCCAAACGAAUACGCCCUUCAUGGUUUGCCCGUACCCGUUCUUCGGGUUUACCGAUAAGACUCUGGACUACGCUCUGUUCCUACCAAACGACGGCGUAUUCGACGAGGCCACAGGUUUGAACUACACGAACAUGUUCGAUGCCCAAUUGGACGCCGUUUACUCGGCGAUGAAGAGGGUUGGGUACGGCGACGUGGACAUCGUGGUGGCGGAGACCGGGUGGCCGUCCGCUGGGGACCCGAACCAGCCGGGCGUCAACCUGGAAAAUGCGGUGUCGUAUAACAGGAACCUAGUCAAGCACGUUAAUUCCGGCGCCGGCACUCCGUUGAUGCCAAACAAGACCUUCGAGACGUACAUCUUCUCCUUGUUCAACGAGAAUCAGAAGCCGUCGACGUCAGAGCGGAACUUCGGUCUGUUCCGACCGGAUUUGUCUCCGGUUUACGACGUGGGCAUUUUGCGCGAUGGCCAGAAAGGUGGCUCCACUCCAGUGAUGCCCACGGCUGAGGCUCCGUCGGAUUCGGGCAAGAAGUGGUGUGUAGCGAAGGAGGAAGCCGCCGACGAAGCCUUGCAGGCGAACCUAGACUUCGUGUGCGGCUCCGGCGUCGACUGCGCCCCAGUACAGAACGAUGGCCCAUGCUUCGAACCCAACACCGUCCGAUCCCAUGCAUCAUUCGCCAUGAACUCUUAUUAUCAGAUCAACGGCCGGAACGACUUCGACUGUGAUUUCCUCAACACCGGCUUCAUUACCCUAUCCAACCCCAGUUACCAAGAAUGCAAGUAUGCAGACUGAAAGAGAAGUGCAGCGGCAGGUGGUGGCGAGUGGCUUAUCGAUCUCUUUCUCCGCCCGGAAUUAGUGUCAUUUUGUAGCUGCUCACUAGAACAAGCUGAUGCUCUAUAUAUUUAUGACGACAUAUGUGGAUAAUCUAAAGCACCCAUAUAUAUAUAUAUAUAUAUAAAUCUGAAGCUUUGUAUGGGAUUAUGCUUUAAGAAGCUUCUUCUGUUGCAAUGAAUUUUCAUUGCAGCUUAAAUUCGCA